GAAGAGAAGGAGCUUGCCUUGGCCGAGGAGUGUCGCGGCCUGCGAGCUGAUCGCUUGGAGACGGAAAAGGGGCUCCGUGAGGAAGCUGCAAAGCUGCGAGCUUUGACGCAGCGCAUGGAGGAGCUGGAGGUGGCUGAGCGUGCGGAGCUUCGGCGCAUGGCAGAAGCGCACGCAGCCGUGCGGGAGGCCGCGUGGAAGCGGACGAAAGAGCUCCAGGAAGAGACAGAGAAGCAAGCCAGGGAGAUGAGGACAAACCUAGCUGCUGAGCUGGAAAAAGUCCAUGCCGAGCUGAAGCAGGCAAAGGAGGGCAUCUACCAGGGCGUUCAGGCGGAGGUGGUCCGCCGACAGGAGGUGGGGUUGACCCUGGAUGAUGAAAUCAAGAGCAUUGACAGAGUGGUGAAUGACAACCUCGAAGAAGCAAAAGGCCGCGCACGGUACCUCGAGGAGAAGACGCAGAGACUGGUCAAGGAGACCCAGGCGAGGGACUUCGCCCUCGAGAACAAACUGUGCGACCACGUCGCUCGAGCGGUCGCUGCUUUGGAAGUGGCAUCGACGGUGAAGGCUGGCAUUUCAGUUGAGCACCAGGAAAACGAGCGACGGCGGCGAGGAACUGCUAAGGCCUUUGGCGACGUCUUCCCAAGAAGCACCAACUUCAACCUAGUGGGCAUGCACACGGCCAAGCCGCGUGUCGGCCCGCUGCCUCUGAGCGUGGAUGCUGUCCCAAAUGCCUGA